AGAGCUCGUGCGGGCUCCGCUCUAGACUCUGCCUCGCGCUAACUAUGCGCGUAGUGUCGCGCUGAUCCGCUCGCUCGCGCCGCAUUCCGAGAGAGAAUCCGGAGGGGGAGAUACACCAGUGAGAGCGCGCGCUCUGUGAUAAGCCCUUCUUUUUCACUUCAUCACUUCGUCUGGUCCUCUCAGGCGCGUGCGGGGAUGCUCUUUGCGUGAGGGAUAUUUGCGUGCCUGUCGGUCGCUUCUUUCUUGAGGGGUCACUUUGGAGCAAGGAGGAGAGGGAAAAGGCACGAGGAGGAGAAAAAAAAACCCCUCGCAUCUAAGACAUUUUUGGAGCAUCUGUAGUAAACAAGAGCAGAGGAGGAGCGCGUGCGGUGCGCUCUAUGCGUUGUCUCUCUCUCUUUCAAAGAAAAAAAACAAACAAACAUAAGGACAACCUGCUGAAUUGCAUCACGGUGCUCGAGGAGAGAUACAGCGAUUGAAACUCGUAAACAUGAGCCGCGCGAUCUCAAUCUUCACCGCUUUGCUGCUGGCGCUGCUGCCUGAAGGACCCAGCAGUGUCCAAGCGGUGGAGUUCAGUUUUUUCCCUGACAAUAUUACAGUGCUGGAAGGGCAGAGCGUCAUUCUGAGGUGUAAGAUUGACGAGGAGGUGACCCACAAGGCCUGGCUGAACCGCUCCAACAUCCUGUUCACAGGGAACGAGAAGUGGUCUCUGGACCCACGGGUGUCAAUGGCCAACAACAACGACAGCGACUUCUCCAUCCAGAUCGAGCGGGUGGCCGUGGCCGACGAGGGUCCGUACACGUGCAGCUUUCAGGCGCGAACCAAGCCACGCACUUCCCACGUCUACCUCAUCGUCCAAGUGCCAGCGAGGAUAGUCAACAUCUCUCAGGAUAAAUCGGUCAACGAGGGCGAUGACGUGAACCUCUUUUGCCUGGCGAUUGGCCGGCCCGAGCCCACCAUCACCUGGAAGGACAUAAAAUCUGGACGCACAUACGAGGGAGAAUUUCUGGACAUCACAGAGAUCAAACGGCAUCAAGCCGAAGAGUUUGUGUGCAUCACGAACAAUGGUGUGGCGCCGCCGGAUACACACCGCGUCAAGGUCACAGUGAAUUAUCCACCCAUGAUCACAGAUGUAAAGAAUAUGCCAGCUCAAGUGGGGAAGACGGCCAUCUUGCGCUGUGAGGCCAUGGCUGUCCCCACUGCAUCUUUCGAGUGGUACAGGGACGACCGGAGACUGGUGGAGAGCGACAACACGCUGCGGAUUAAAAAUGAGAAGACACGUUCCCUGCUGCUCUUCACCAACGUCACCGAGAAACACUUUGGCAACUACACCUGCUUCGCCUCCAACCGCCUAGGGGCCUCCAAUGCCAGCAUGCUUCUCUUCAGGCCGGGGGCAGUCUAUGGCGGAAGCGUGUCGCUAAGCGCCUGCCUAUCGGGACUCGUCUUCUGGCUCAGCCUCUCCAUCUCCGUCCUGCUGAAGGUCUAACACGUUGCCGCCUCGGAAAAGGAGUCUUUAAAUGACGAACCCAUCACUGUGAAUAAAAAAAGAAUUAUGCAUUAACCCAGGAGCCAUCUCUUGCAUCUUAUAAUCACCACCCUCCCCUCUCCCCACUCAUGUCAUUCCCACCCGUCAUUGGCAACCACUGGCCACUGCCUUUCCCGCUUCUCCAGUGAAGGUCACCUUUUCAAUGUUCAUAGCUGUUGUGGUGAUGAUUAUAAAAAAAAAUAUGAAUGCUAAAAAUGUGAAGGUGCCGAGCGGAGCGUGUUUUUGUCUCAGUGUGCACGUGCUGGAUCAUGGUUGUAUAUUUGUGAAUGGUGUCACAUUAAUGGUGUUUAUGAGGAAUGUGAUAUGAUAUAUAUGAUGAUGAUGAUGGUCAGGUGACCCUGUAAACAAGCUGUGGCUGUUCACCAGCAGGCCACGCCUCAGUGGCCUUCGCUCUCUCGGAUCUGAGCAGCAGAAUUUUUCUGUGAAUGAUGUCAAAUCUCAUCUGCGCUAAGGGUCAACAUUAGCAUGGGGGGAGGGGAAAACUUAUUUGUCCCCCCUCUUUUUGCAUUUGCUGGAGGUCUUGACCCAGGGCAAAGCAUGUGACCCCAGUCCGGCCUUCCAGUCUUUCCUCGGUCUCAUCGCAUUACCACAUUACUACCUUCACCCUCAGUGUAAAUAUAUAUGCAGUAGAGGCCACCCCAUAAUUCCAUAUUCACCAUCCGAUUUACGGAGUACAUUUCCCAUCAGCCUCUCUGUUUCAGGCUUUUUUGGCUUGGAGGUUAUGUUUCUGGUGUCUCCCCUGCCCAACCCCCCCUGAAGCCGUUGAUCACUCUUCCUUGUCGCUUGUUGAUAGCAUGUACUGGUUAGAGCUGUUCCUGUUGUGCCGUCCAUCCAAGCCCGAGCCCUCUCUAUAGCCCCUGCACUGUGUACAUUUAAUCUGCAAGGUUAACUGCUAAUUGCUUUUUUUUUUUUUUGGUGUUAAUAA